AUCCUUUCUCCUCUGUGCAAUGUUCACACUUCUGUUCCUGGGAGACUGAAGUUUGGCCCUCGAGGCUGGAAUGGAAGGUACCAGACCAGCACCUGAGAUCUCUGUCUGCGUCGUCCUCAGCAACUGCUCAGAGGCCCACGAGAAGGUGGGUUCCACAAGAAGACUCCUGGGUGAAAUCAUGUAAGGUGGCCACAUCACGGGUGCCUGGGAUUGCAGGCUCUGCUGGAUCUGUCUGCAAGAAUUCCUCAGCUCAGCCCUGCUUGAAAGGGAGCUUGGCACCAUCUUUCUUGGCCUCUCCAAAUCUGGAUUACGAUGGAUACCACAAAUACAUAGGUGAAAUGCUUCCAUCUGAAAGCCCUGUACUAUAUGGACUGCACCCCAGUGCUGAGAUGGGAUUCUUGUCAAUGUCAGACAAUCUCUUCAAAAUUCCUUUGGGGGAGCUGAUGUUUUCUGCUCACAUGGAAGUGCCACAUUAUACACAAUAUAUGCUCUUCUGUGAUGUUGUGCCAGACACACGGACUAAACCAGCGUAUGCACCCACACACAGCUUUGUCCACUGGGUUACUGAUUUUCUCAUGAGGUGCCAAGAACUUGACAUCUUGGACACAGGACCUUGUGCUGCCAGCAGUGGUGAGGCUUUCUGGCUUGUUCCAUCCCCAGUGCUUUCUGACAGGUCAGCAGUGAUGGGUGUAGGGCACCAAGCAUAUGGUUUCAAUGUCAGACAUUUCUCUUUAACUACUGAUGUUAGCUAUGUUUGUGAUGCUGUUUGGAGAGUUAAUCACAGCUUAAAUAAAAGGAUUAAAAUCACCAACAUUGGAAUAAUCCUUUCCUGAAAGCAAGGGGAACAAUCCAAACUUGUCUUCAGGCUACUCAGAAGUGUGAGGACAAAGCAGCUAAGGAAAUAAGAGCUUGACUGUAUAGUUUAA